UGUGCGAGUGUGUGUAUGUGUGUGUGUGUGUGUUUUCCAGUGUGUGAUUCUGUCCGCCGGUAAAUGUUAAGCCCAACACUGGAAAGCAGCAAAACGUUAGUUUUGAUGUAGACGCAGCUGCUGCUCCUCCUCGGAACAGGAACAGCUCCUCUGCAUUAGGGGCACCCAAGCAAUUUGCAUUUUGGUUUAACCAAACAAUGUCACGACGCAAACAGUCGAAUCCAAAGCCGUUGAAUAAAGGUGAUUGUUCCGAUACCACAGAAGAGAUGACCGUCGACAGCAGAGAUUCCAAAGAAUUGGCCGCACACGAGCUGAGCGAGGAGAAGCAACAGCAACACCAGCAGCACCAACAACAACAACAGCAACAGCUCGAGGAUCAGGCCGAAGACGAGCAGUUAGAGCAACAGUCGAACAACUCCUCCUUGCAACCCGUCGAGACUGACAUGGAACAGGAACUGGAGGAGGCGCAAGCGGCAGCCCAGGAUUCCAGCGACCAGAAGUUGGCGGACAACCCGACCACGACAACGCCGCCGCGCAGCCCAACGCCUGGAGAACUGGUGCCAAAGCUGGAGAGAGCUGAUACGCCUCCCUCAGUUCCAGUCACGCCCAGUCCACCACCGCGCACGCCCACACCACCGCCAAUUGUACUGCCCAAGCUGCGACUCAAUGCGUUGCUUGCCUCAGAUCCGGCAUUGAAGCCCGAUGCCAAGGAGCUCAAUUUGCACGAGUCACGACUGCUGGGUCCACCGCCCAAGCCAGAGCAGCAGCCGACUCUGCAGCCGGAUGUGGAGCCGCUGUUGAAACCGGCGCGAUUUAUGUGCCUGCCGUGCAGCAUUGCUUUCAGUUCACCAUCAACGCUGGAGGCGCAUCAGGCCUACUACUGCUCCCAUCGCAACAAGGAUGCUGAGGAGGAGACAAACGCUGCCGGUGAUAAGGUCACAUCCAACAGCGGUGGCACCUCCAAUGCCAACAGCAGCUCCAGUGGCUCAACUGCCGCCGGCUCCGAGCCGCCCAACAAGAUGUCCCGCAUUGGCAAGCAAUAUGCGUGCACCCAGUGCUCCUACAGUGCCGACAAGAAGGUCUCCCUCAAUCGACACAUGCGCAUGCAUCAAACAUCCCCAGCGGCACCCAGCCUAAACAGCCUCUCCAGCUUGACAGCAAAUGGUGUUGUUGCCGCCGCUGCUGCCGCCGCCGCGGCGGCUGCUGCUGCUGCUGCUGGUGCGCAGCUCGAGGAGAGCUCUAGUCAACAAAUCGAUCGCUACUGCAGCGACUGUGAUAUCCGCUUCAACAACAUCAAGACCUACCGCGCCCACAAGCAGCACUACUGCAGCUCCCGUCGCAGCGAUGGACAACUGACGCCCAAGCCGGAGGCGGUUGGUGGAGCUGGUGCUGGUGGUGGUGGUGGUGGUGGGGGUGGAGCUGCAUCAGUUGCUGCUGUUGCUGCCGGCAAGCAUAGUCCACAGACGCGCAACAAGACGCCAACGCCAGCAAUGGUUGCUGCUGCCGCCGCCGCAGCUGCGGCUGCUGCUGCCUCGCUGCAGGUGGCACCACCGCAACCCUUCCUAGCGCUGCCCACUAAUCCGAUUAUCAUAGUGCCCUGCUCGCUUAUACGUGCUGCCAGCUUGAUACCGGGACCACUCACCACUUCUACGUCGGGCAUUGUGAAUCCGGAGUCCACAUGCUUCACGCUCGACAAUGGCGCUCUGAAGCCUCUAGCCACGGCUUUAAACAUAAAUACGCUAGGGGGCAGUGCCACGCCUACGCCUACGCCUAUGCCCAGCAGCAAUCAGAUACCGAUGCCCGCUUUAGAGCCAGAUCGUCCAACUCCUGUGAGCAUUUCGAGCAACCUGGAAACUGAACCCAAGAAAAGUCCAGCAGAACCCAAGCGCAAGGAAACAAGCGGCAUACGUGAGACGACGCCACUGGAUUUAUCGCUAAGACGCUCGCCAAUCGCAGCGCUGUUGCAGCGCCAGCGUCUGGCGCGCUCUGCCGCUGCAUUGCUCGACGCCGAGGAUGCUGCAGGUAAGGAUGCUCACUUGGAGAGCAUCAGUGGCGGCAGCGUUACACCCGAGCAAAUUGUUUGCGCUCCCUCGCUGCCCAGCAGCCCCUCGAUGAGUCCCUCACCCAAGCGACGUGCUUUAAGUCCACGCAGCUCUGGAGCUGGCAGCGCUUCGUCGAUGUCACCGCCAGCCCAUCAUAUGCUGGAUAAUUUGCCGCCGUUGCGCUCCAUGCUGCCCUCCGAUUUUAAUCUCUCCGAAUCGCUGCUGGCCAAAACGAAUCCAGAGUUGGCCCUCAAACUGGCUGCGGCAGCAGCGGCUGCUGUGGCUGGCAGUGGCUCGGUGGAGCUGGCCAAACUAGGAUUUCCAGGAGCUGGUGCAGCACCCAGCAGUAGUGCUGCUGCACCAUCCUCUGCACAGAAUGCACCGCAGAUCUAUGUGAAGCAGGGCGUCUCCAAGUGCAAGGACUGCAACAUUGUCUUCUGCAAAUAUGAGAAUUACUUGGCGCACAAGCAACAUUAUUGCUCGGCACGCAACCAGGAGACGGGUCUGGAUGGAGAUGCCUCCAAAAGCGCUGUAACGCCUCCCAGUGGACUAUCAUCAGUUGGCGGCAAUGCUGGCGCCUCCUCUGCAGAAACCACUCCCGUUGCCUAUCAGCAACUAAUAUGCGCCGCCUGCGGCAUUAAAUACACCUCGCUGGAUAAUUUGCGUGCGCAUCAGAAUUACUACUGUCUGAAAGGAGGCGUUGCGGCAGCUGCCACGCCAGCUGAGGCAGCACCAGCACCACAACUGCCACUCGCCCAUCCCAAGGAGAAGUGCCCGAAAUGCAAGACUCAUCAUGAGCACGGACAGAAUUGUCCACCACCCCCACCACCAGCAACUCCACAACUGCCUGCUCCCUGCUCCACCUCUGCCACGUCGAAUAGUGUCAAUAAAUGUCCCGUUUGUGGCGUAAUUAGUCCCACUGCUGCUCUCGCCCGCAAGCACAUGGAGAUGCAUGGAACGGUGAAGGCUUUUCGCUGCUCCAUUUGCCAGUAUAAAGGGAACACUCUCCGCGGGAUGCGCACCCACAUUCGCACCCAUUUCGAUAAGAAGACCAGCGAUGUGAACGAGGAGCAUUACAUGACAUGCAUCUUUGAGGAGGAUGCUGCGACGGUGGCAGCUGCAGUUGCUGCUCCAACUCAAUCCUUGAAUCUAGAUCUGCCCGCUGUGGCAGCAGCGGCGGCGGCAGCAGCAGCAGCUCAAGAGCAACUGGAUCAGCAUCCGGCACAGCUCUUCAAUUGCGAUCAUUGCAAUUAUGCCUCAUCCUACAAGGGCAAUGUGCUGCGUCACAUGAAAUUACUGCAUCCACAUGUGGCCAUUAGUUCGCCCUCCAUUUCACCUGAGUCGCGCGAACACGAAGCCAAUUCACACGCCCUACCCGAAGUAGCGCUGGUUAAUGGGGAACGGGAGGCAGCAGCUGUGCCCAGGUAAGAACCUACUAACAACUUACACUUGAAUACAGAUCCUAAAUCUAUUGUUUGUUUACCUGCCAGCUUUCACAUUAAAACGGAGGCGUUGGAGGCACCGGUGGCCACAUUGAGUCUGGUGCAUGAGAACAAUAAUUCACCCAUUGGCACGCCACUUACCCACAUUAAAGCGGAGCCCAUGGAACUUGGAGUAGAUGUAUCAGUACCAUCGCUACCCCCGCCGAUAGCCAAUUCCCCGCUUGGGCCGAGCGCAGCGGAGGCAUUGAAAAAAUACUGCUCCACCUGCGACAUAUCCUUCAACUAUGUGAAGACAUUUCUGGCGCACAAGCAAUUCUACUGCAAGAGCAAACCGCAUCGACCCGAGGCAAAUGAUAGCCCCAGUCCCACGGUGGGUGGUGGCGUCUCAAUGCCGCUGCAGUCGCCCAGCGAGCUGCUGUUGCUCCAGAAGAACAAGGAGAAUCUGCAGGAGGCGGCCAUUUGAGAGAGCCAGCUGAUGUGGGAGGUGCAACGCAAGCAGCUGGAAUGGUACUACAAGUGCUUCUAGAAACCCACCACAGCCACCGAUACAGUAUCGAAAGUAUUCCCGGAGAAUCUCCAACAAUAACAACAACAACAACCACAAUAACAGCCCCACUUCCAACAGCCACAACACGCCACGCGCCAGGACAUUAAUAGUUAGCUCCUGUUUUUGAGAGCAGCCAGGCAGUCUAGAUAUAUAGAUACAUAAUAUACAUAACAUACCUAGAUAUAUAUAUCUAAAUACAUAUAGUAUGUGAGUGUACUGUAGAAAUCAUGACAUAUAAUGCAUGCCAAAGCUUACCACUUAGAAGAGAAACUACAAUUGAGUGCAAGAAACUACAAGUUUUCAAUAUCUAGAUAUAGUAUCUCUACCAACUACCAACUACCAACUAUGAAACUUACCGACGUUUUAUGUAAACGGUAAAUAAUCCUAAUAGAUUCGAUAACGCGACUAAUAAUAAUUAUUGCUGUAAUUAUUGCUUGUAACGCGUCUAAGCGUACAAAGAUAUAACAAAUAAAA